UAUUAUUUUAACGGUUUUUAAAAAUUCAAAUUAUUUAUUGUAAGGUUUUCAAAAUAAAUAAAUAAAUCAACAAUUUUAAUUAAAUUAAGAAUAAAAUGGAUGCAGCACUGCUUAGAGAACGUGAAUUAUUCAAAAAGAGAGCUUUAGCAACUCCGACCGUUGAGAAAAAACCACAAAAGGAUCCACCAAAAUCAGCAUCGACUGGUGCUAAAAAGCCUUUACAGCCAUGGGAAUCAAAGCCUGCAGCUCCAAAGGAGCCAAUGAACUACAAAACAAUGACUGGAAGUUCCAACAAAAGAUUUGCAAUCCUCACAAAAAUCGUGAACCAUAUGAAGGAUCGACAUUUACAAGGUGAAGACCAUCCAAUUUCUGUCGAAGAGAUUCUAGACGAAACAAAUCAAUUAGAUAUUGGUUCAUCAAAUAAAAAUUGGCUUAUCACAGAGGCAUUACCAAAUAAUCCAAAAUUAGAGCAACCAGCUCACGGACGAUAUCAGUUUAAGCCUUUAUUUAAAGUAAGAGAUGGUAAAAGUUUAUUGAGAUUAUUAAAACAACAUGAUCUGAAAGGUCUCGGUGGAAUCUUACUUGAUGAUGUACAAGAAUCCCUUCCAAAUUGUGAUAAAGUAUUAAAAGCUCGUGCUCAAGAUAUCCUCUUCAUAACACGUCCCAUUGACAAGAAGAAAAUCUUAUUUUAUAAUGAUAAGACAGCAAAUUUCGCAGUCGACGAUGAAUUCCAGAAACUUUGGCGAGCAGUGACUGUUGAUGCGAUGGAUGAUAAUAAAAUUGAAGAGUAUCUCGAGAAGCAGGGUAUUAGAUCUAUGCAAGAUCACGGAAUUAGAAAGCCAAUGGCAGCAAAACGAAAGAAGGCAGCACUCAAGAAGAGGCAAUUCAAACGUCCUCGUGACAAUGAGCAUCUUGCAGACAUCCUUGAGACUUACGAAGAUAACACGAUUACACAGAAAGGAGAUUUACAGGCCAAUACAAAUGUCAAAUAGAUAUUAAUGUUAAUUAAUUUAAUCUUAAUCAUGAAUCAGAAUAAAAAGAGAAUUAUUUUUCACAUAAGUU